AUAGCUUUUUCUCCUCCCUUGCAUUUUUCAGUAGCCUGAUGAUCUCCUUAGUGACAGUUGCUAUGAAGAUAAUUUAGUAUUUCCUGCAGAGCCCAGGUGGUGAAGGACUUGAACUCCUCCUUAGCUCAGAUUUUUGAUGGCCAAGGACGGCUCUGCCUUGGGUAAUAGAAAUGGAGUUUUCUAAACCAAGGAGGCCGAGGAUAAGACUAGCAGGUGACAAGAGAGGUUCUCUGUAUCCCCAUAGCCUUCAAUUCUACCUGCAGCCUCCAUGUGAAAAUAUCUCUCUGAUCGAGUUUGAAAGUCUCGCCAUCGACAGGCUUAAACUCCUCAAAACCAUUGAAAACCUUGGAAUCAACUAUGUGAAAGGCACUGAUAGCUACCGAAGCAAACUGGAGAAUGAACUUCGAAAGCUUAAAUUUUGCUACAGAUCUAUGCUGGAAGAUGAAUAUGAAGCAAGGAGGAGGGAUCAUAUUUCACAUUUUAUCUUGCGCCUUGCUUAUUGUCAGUCUGAAGAUCUCAGGCGUUGGUUUAUUCAACAAGAAAUGGAUCUCUUUCGAUUUCGAUUCAGUGAAAUGGGUGCUCCUAAAGUUCAAGAGUUCUUAAAGGAUACAUGUUUUCCAUUUGAAUCUAUAAGCAAAGAAGAGAAGUUACGUCUUUCACAGCUAAUUUCUGACUCAACACCAUCUUUAAAUGGAGCUAAAGUGGGAGACGAGCUGAUUUAUAAGGUCCCUUUUGCUGAUGCACUAGAUUUAUUUAGAGGAAGAAAAGUCUACUUGGAGAAUUCCAGUGCCUACGUACCACAUCAGGACAUUGUGGUGAUCCUCUUGAAUGACUAUCGAAUCAAACUGUCUAAGGCAUUGGCUCUAACACCCGGUCACUGCCUGCUGUACAAUCUGAUGAAAGACUACAGCCUCUGCUUAAUCAUCUCAGCCAUUCCUACAUUGGUCAAGAUUACAAUGCCCAGAAGAAUACUGGGAAAAUUUCAUUAGAGCAGCUCGAUUCUCUCUCAGUUACAUCAUUUCCUCUCUGCAUGCGCCAGUUGCAUAAAGGCCUACGGGAAAAUCAUCACCUCCGCCAUGGAGGCCGGAUGCAGUAUGGUCUCUUUCUGAAGGGUAUUGGCUUAACUCUGGAACAAGCUUUGCAGUUUUGGAAGUUAGAGUUUAUCAAAGGAAAAGUGGAUACCGACAAG